AACCGGACAAGUCCAAAAGCUUCUUAAACAGACGUCCAUCUCUGACGAUCCCUACGUCGGAACGGUUGGUUACAAUUCACAAUCUAACUCAAACACUUCAAAGUAUUAUCGAGGACGGUCGAAUAAAGACGCCCUAAUCAUCUGCUAAAUUAUUACAAAAACAAAUCAAGCAAAUCACCGAAAAAACAUUUGGAUUGGAUGACAAUCAGCGAUGCCUCCGAAGCAGCAAUCAAAAGCCGAUUUAGCGAAGAAGCAGAAGAUCGUCGAAGACAAGACAUUCGGUCUCAAGAAUAAGAACAAGUCCAAAAAUGUCCAGAAAUAUGUUCAGACCCUCAAGCAAUCCGUUCAACCCAAGCCUGACCCCUCCAAAAUCUCUCAAAAGAAGAAGCAUGAGGGAGAGAAAGCUAAAGAGAAGGAGCUGAAUGAUUUGUUCAAGGUUGCCGUCAGUCAGCCCAAAGUCCCAGUUGGUGUUGAUCCGAAAUCAAUAUUAUGCGAAUUCUAUAAAGUGGGGCAGUGUGCUAAGGGUUUUAAGUGCAAGUUCUCACAUGAUUUGAAUGUUCAAAGGAAAGGAGAGAAGAUUGAUAUCUAUAGCGAUAAACGCGAUACAGAAAAUGAAACGAUGGAGGAUUGGGAUCAAGAGACUUUGGAGAAAAUUGUGGAGUCAAAGAGCAACGAGUAUCAAAAAAAUAAACCAACUGAUAUUGUAUGUAAGUACUUUUUGGAAGCAGUGGAGAAGAAGCAAUAUGGUUGGUUUUGGGUCUGUCCAAAUGGGGGUAAAGAGUGCCACUACAGGCAUGCACUUCCUCCAGGAUAUGUUUUGAAGUCUCAGAUGAAGGCUCUGCUAGAGGAAGAGGGUGAAAAGAUAUCCAUUGAGGAAGAGAUUGAAAAUCAGCGUGCAAAGUUGACUGCUUCAACUCCUAUGACUCCUGAGUUGUUCAUGCAAUGGAAGAAGAAAAAGAUGGAAGAAAGAGAUGCUGGCUUGGCUGCACAGCAGGCAGAGAGGGCCAAGAAUGACCGUAUGAGUGGUCGUGAGCUGUUCUUGUCGGAUGCUAGCUGGUUUGUGGAUGAUGCUGAAGCAUACGACAAGUACCAAAGAGAAGAAGAAUCAGAUGUCAGCAAACAGAAGGUUAAUACAAAUUCUGCUACAGUCGGCCCAAGUACCUCGACAGAAGCUGCCCACGAUAGUGAAGUUCUUCCUGACGUCGAUGAUGAUGAGCUGGACAUGGAUGAAUUAAAUGAACUGGAAGCAAACUUAUCAAGAACAUCAAUACAAAUCAACGAACCAGGCACCGAUGCAUAAUCUUGAGUGGCAUAGCUUACAGUUAAAAGCACAGUAUCAGGUGCUUGAAGCUACCUCAAUCAUGGCGCUCUCUCUCUUUCUAUCUCUCAAGUGGGUGGAUGGUUUCUGAGAGUUACCUCCUAAUCACCAUGAUGUUCUACACCGCAGAAUUCUUCCUAUAUUGGACUUUAUUACGUUGUAAAGGUGUUUAGUAUCUAUUUGUACCUUUGCUGGUAGAUUACCAGUUUUUUGUGAUGGGCUUGCAUUGCUUAUCAUUAUUGGGAAGGUAAUGAAAAUAAGUGUGCUUAUAGUUUUCUUGUGCAUUGAAGCGUGUGACUGUGAGCAAGGAUCGAACUCAGAAUCCAACACUAGAAUACGCGCCCUCCAAAGAUGGACUCAAAGAUGAUGCCAAAAGUUACAUGUUAAGUUCGUUUGGGACUUUGGAUGGUAUCAUUUUAAUAAUAUUAUUAUCCCGAUAUUUAAGGUUUAAUUCU